AUGCCGCAGGUUUGGCGCUCUAGACCACAAGUCAAGGGCAAAGGCAAAGGAGGCCGUACUGCGAAGGACAACUCCCGCGCGCAGGCCCUCACCAAGGAAAUUGCAAAUCUUGCGAGGGAGAAGCAGCUGAAAAAGGCCGUGGAGUUGUUUAAACAGUUCGAGCAGGAAGGUCUAGAGCCCAGCGUUUACACUUUCUCGAGCCUCAUCAACGUGCACGUUCGCAGUGGCGACUUGCGUGGGGCCUUGCGGGUUCUGAAGUCCAUGCGCAAGAAGGGUGUGCGACCGAACGUCAGCAUUUUCACGAUCCUCCUCAGAGGCUAUAGCCUGGCAGGCCAGUUGGAUCGGGCACAUGGCUUGCUGGAUGAGAUGGUGGCUGAGGGUAUCAGUCCAGAUGCCAGGGCCAUCAAUACCUUCUUCCGAGGCUGUUUACAUCGCGGACACGUACCCUUGGCUCGGGAAGUCUUUGAAAAGAUGAAGAGCUGGCAGAUUGUGCCGGAUGAUACCAGCCUCCGAUUGAUGGCCCAGCUGCUGAGCCAAGGGCUAUGCUUCAAGGAGCUGAAGAGCUUGGCGAAGCUCCCAGAAGCUGCCAACUCGUGGGAGCCAGCGCCGGCUAAGCAGAAGAAAGAUGCGUGUAUCUUCUGGGCAGCUGGAAAGUGUAGCAAGGGUGUGAACUGCAAAUUCUUCCACGAUCCAACCAUAGUGCCGGAGAACGAGGAGUCCCGCCAACAGGAGAGGAACGCCUCACUUGCAAGCAUGAACCUAUCGCUGGCGCACUGUGCCGCGAUGCUUUCUCGCUGGCAGACUUGCACACGUGCACUGCAGCGUGCUGAGGACUUCUUCAGCGCGCAGAAUGACUGCCAGGGAUUGUUUAAGCAAUUGAGCUUUGAAGAAGCCCGCAGGGAGCUGCAGAGGAUCAGAUGUUUUGCGCAGCAAGAGGAUCCUCCGCAGCUUUUCGACUACCUCUGCCGGAUCUUUCUCUUCAGUCAGAACUCAGAAUCUCAAGUGGAGAUCUCACAGAGCUGUGUGAAUGAGCUGGUUUUGUCCUUUGGCCUUGGAGAGGUUCUGCGGCGGAGUGGCCUGUCUUUGGAGGAUGCUCAAGCAGCAUUUCACCGCAGCUUCUCCAAAGCGCAGCGUUUCCUGCGCUUUCGCCGCAUGUUUGGAGACAGGAAGCUGGAUCCUCUCCCUGUGAAGCUGGAACUUUGUUCGGGCAACGGCGAUUGGGUGAUUGCCCAAGCCAAAGCGGAAGAGGGCCUUGCCAACUGGAUUGCUCUUGAGUUGAGACACGAUCGUGUUCAUAACAUCUUCAGCAGGAUGGUCUUUGAGCAGGUGUCAAACCUCUGCGUCAUUCGUGGGGAUGCAGCACAGGUGAUACCGCAGCACUUCCAGCAGGAGUCUGUGUCCCACGUCUUUGUGAACUUUCCGGAGCCGCCGCAUUUCUCAGGCUCAGAGACUGCUGAAUCCAAGAACGAGCUGCUGACCGCCACCUUUUUCCAACAGCUGCACUCGAGACUUGCACCAGCAGGAAGGCUCACAAUUCUGUCAGACAACCGGAGGUACAUCAAGCGUUUGGCGAACACCAUUGCAACACUCGUCGAUGGCUCGCUCUUCGAGCCCACCCAUGCCAAAGCCGACUUUGAGACGCUGCAUGGGAUCCCCGUGAGCAGAGGAACACCUGGAAAGCGUGUGGGCCACACGAAGAAGACGACCUCUUACUUCGACAGACUCUGGGCAAAGGGAGAUCACAAAGUCAUGCUCAACAACUUGCUCUUAGUCUGCAGGAGCAGCAGCAGGUGCAGAGACAGUUGA